AUGACAGACCCAACUACCGCAGACAAAGCAGACCAUGAUCAGCAGACACAGACCCCCACCAGCCAGCGAGAAGAACAUAGCCUCGGCAAAGAAGUCGAUCAGGAAGAGCACUCUCAUGACAGGAGUCAAUGGCCCGAAGAAGCCCAUUUGUCCUUCUUGGCACAAACUUGGCAACGAUGGACGUACUCUUACAUGAAUCCACUCUUGGACAAGGGUAGCAAGCAAACCCUGGAUGAUGGAACUCGCCUAUCAGAUGCCGAUCUAUACGAUGUCCCAACCGACAUGAAAGCAAAGCCGUUGAACGAGAAAUUUGAACUCCUUUACCAUCAAAACCAUCCAUCAUCAACGACAACCAGCAGCACCAACAGCAAGAACCAUCUCUUGCAUACCCUCUUUCAAAUGGCAGCUCCGACCUUUGUCCCUGCAGGAGUCUACGAAUUCAUUACCGUCUUGUGUCAAGUGGCAUUGCCCUUGCUCAUACGAGAAUUGCUACGACUGCUGGAAGAACGUCCCGCUGCGUCCAUUUUUGCCCAAGCGUGGCCCUUGAUUCUUGGCAUUGCCCUCUGUCUUGUCAUCAAUGCCAUUGCCAAUCAUCGACAUCGAUACCUAGCCACACAAUCAGGAGUCGUAUUGCGAUCUACCAUUGUCAGUGUCGUCUAUCGACGUGUCUUGCAAAUCACGCCCCAAGGUCGCUUCGGAUUGGCACCGGCAGAAGUUACAAACAUUGUUGCCAUUGAUACCCAAAAAUUGUUCGAAGUCACACAAGAAGCACAUCUCCUGUGGGCCAUGCCCUUGUCCAUUGUGUUGGUCACCAUUUGUCUGGUUAUUGUUCUGGGUCCCACCACGCUGAUUGGAGUCGUGGUCCUGCUUCUCAUGGUCCCCGUCGUCGAACGAGUGGCAUCGGCUAUGUUGGCAAUACGACAGCAACGUAUCAAGUUGACGGAUAAGCGAGUCGAAAUCACCAAUGCGAUGAUUCAAGGAAUCAAAGUGACCAAACUCAAUCAUUACGAAGAAAACUACCAACAACGUGUCGAUCAGGCACGUAACCAAGAAUUGACCAAACUCAGAAGGGAACUGUUCGUUUGGGCGCUCUCUUUGGUUGUCACCGUUAUUUCGCCGUCUCUAGCGGCUGGAGCCACCUUUAUCGUCUACGUCAUGGCUAAUGAAGAUCAUGUCCUCACGGCUUCUGAAACCUUCACCGUGCUGCUCUUGUUCAAUUCCCUACGAUUUCCAAUCAACUACUUUGGAAGGCUGCUCGGGCGAAUGGCGCAAGCGUUUACAUCCAUUGAACGGAUUGCCAGCUAUUUGGAUCGACCUAUAUUACAUGACGACGACAACAACAACGACAAAAACAGCAAGAGUACUGAUAACGACAAGAAAGGCACUGAAAUGCUGCCACAAAAGACAAGAAGCAAUGAUAAUGACGACGACGCUGUGCUUGUGGUCCGAAAUGCUUCGUUUCGAAUAGGUUCGCCAUCAUCCGACACAGCCACCUUGUCGACGACACUUUCUGCUAAUGAUGCAGCAGCAACAGUUUCCACCAGUGGGUUUCGACAAGGAGACGGAUUCGAAGUAUCAGGCAUUGAUUUUGCACUGCAAAGAGGAGAAAUACUGGCGUUGGUUGGAACGGUUGGAUGUGGGAAGUCAACAAUUGUCAAUGGAAUCAUUUCUGAGGUUCCCGCGUCGGAAGGAACAUCCCUCUCGCUCAAGGGCAGAGUGGCCUAUGUGAGUCAGACUGCUUUCAUCAUGAACACAUCGUUGCGGGAGAAUAUCCUCUUUGGGGAAAGUUUCGAACAAGAACGGUACGAGAGGGUCCUGGAGGCAUGUUGCCUAUGGCCUGAUAUUGAACUAUUGGGGGAAGCUGGUGAUCUAACAGAAAUUGGGGAGCGAGGCGUAACUCUGUCUGGUGGGCAGCAGCAGAGGGUGUCAAUUGCUAGGGCUGCGUACUCCCGCCCUGAUGUAGUCCUUUUGGACGACCCCUUGUCAGCGCUGGAUGCUGGAACAUCGAAGACAAUAUUCGACAACUUGAAAUCCCUGCUGGCGGGUUCGGCAAUUGUGCUAGUCACUCACGCCGCUCAUUUCCUCAGCAAAGUGGAUCGAAUUGCCCUCGUCUCAGACUCGAGGAUCCAGUUUCUAGGGACAUGGCCCGAGUUGCUCGACUUUAAACCUCACGAUGCAAAGACUCUGGACGCAGUGGAACACAUCCGCUCAUCAGUCCAGGAAGACACAAGCGAGAAAAACGAGACCGAACCAAACCAAGGGACUCGCAAAAGUGUUUCAAACGAAGCAGGAAACGGUAGAGCCUCCACUCUUCAGAAAAGCAAGAAAAUCAUGACAGUUGAAGAACGUGAACACGGACUGAGCUCUCUAGCCACUUGGCUGUUGUGGUUCAAGCACGCUGGAGGAAUCCCAUUCAUUGUUGCACAUGUCCUCUUCAUGACCAUUGAUAGAUUCACGUAUGUGGCCGUGGAAUACUGGUUGGCUCGGUGGACCGAAGGGGCCUAUGAACCAGUCGAAGUCUUCGGUAUAACCUUUGCUCCCCAAACGGAUGGACGGUCGGCCCAAGCGGACUAUGUUUUGGUCUACGUGCUGUUGAUUGCAUUCUCUGUUUUCUCGACAUUUCUCAGAUCCGAAUGGGUUGUCACUGGAGGUUCUCGGGCUGCAAGACGUGUUUUCCAAUCAAUGCUUGUCAGGGUUUUGAGUGCCCCAAUGGUUUAUUUUGAAACCACACCUAUGGGAAGAGUCCUGAACCGAUUCACCUACGACCAGGAGAUCGUCGAUCAUAACUUGACCGAGGCGAUGUCUGUGUUGAUGAUUGCACUCGGAUGGGGCGUGACAAGUGUGAUCGUAAUGACAGUUAUCUUGCCAUGGAUGGCGUUGGCCGUUUUCCCCACAAUCCUAUUCUACUGGUGGCUUCUACUCCACUACCGCAAAUCUGGAGCUGAUCUUCAGCGACUUGAUGCUGUGGCGCGAUCUCCUAUCCAAGCUAUGCUUGCUGAGGCUCUUGAGGGUCAUGCAACAAUGAGGGUGUUUGGACAGUCUGGCAAAUUCGUGAACAAGUUUCACUCCAUCACUGAUUCCAGUGGAGCCGCAUUGCUGAACUUCAUUUCGGCGCAGAGGUGGUUGGGAAUAAGGAUUGAGAUACUUGGGGCAAUCAUUGUGUUGUGUGCGACGUUGCUCGUGGUGACAUUGAACGGAACCUACGCCCUUGAGCCGGGUAUCGUGGCUCUUCUCAUUGUGUGGGCCAGCAACUUCACCAUUACUCUCGGAUUCGUUGUCGAUAGUUUCUCAGAAGCCGAAGCAGCCAUCACAUCGAUUGAACGAGUGGAUGCCAUGUCGCGACUGCCCCAGGAAAAAUCAAUGAAGACCGAGGAACAGAACCGUCCAGCGCCCAGCUGGCCAGCACACGGGUCCCUGGAGUUUGAGAACGUUUGCAUGCGGUACAGGGAAGGCCUCCCCCUCUCUCUGACGGGUUUGUCAUUCAAAAUUCCAGCUGGAAAACGGUGCGGCAUUGUGGGCAGAACUGGAGCAGGCAAGAGCUCGCUGACAACUGCCCUCUUUCGUCUCGUCGAAAUCGAAUCUGGGCGUGUUAUGCUUGAUGGCGUUGACCUUGGCGUCCUUGGUCUCUCUGAUGUUCGUGGCAGGCCACAGGGGUUAUCAAUUAUCCCACAGAAUCCGUUCCUGGCAGGGACUACUCUGCGCGAAUGCCUUGAUCCUUUCGGUCAUUGUGGAGAAAAGGAAGUGCUGACUGCGCUCGUGGAUGUUCGUCUGGCACCAUCGGACGCGGAUCUUUCCGUGCUCAGCACCAAGGUUGAGGAAGGAGGUUCCAACUUUAGUGUUGGUGAAAGGCAAUUGCUGAACCUUGCGCGUUCGAUUCUCAUGAAGCCGCGUGUACUGGUCUUGGACGAGGCAACAGCAAGCAUUGAUGGCGAAACAGACGCCUUUGUCCAGAAGAUGUUGAGGACCAAGUUUGUGGAGACAACAAUGUUGACCGUAGCCCAUCGGCUGAACACCAUAAUGGAUUACGACUUGAUCCUCGUCAUGGAUGCAGGCAAAGCAGCCGAGUUCGGUUCCCCAAAAGAGCUGUUGGUUCGUGAUGGUUUGUUUAGCCAGCUUGUUGAUGCAACAGGGGCAGAAAGUUCGAAAGCGCUGCGUGAAAUUGCCAAUUCAACCGGAAACGUUCCUUAG